AUGGGAUCCAGCUCCUCAUCUUACGCUCCAAAAACCAUCUACCUGGAUGUGGAUGGGAAAGUGCAGAAAGUGAUUUUCAGUCGGCACUGUAGUCCAUGUGACAUAAAAGAGCUGCUUUGUUCCUCUUCCAACCUCCCCAGAAACACUGCUAUAAUGAUGGUAGACCCCGAGGGAGCCAUGGUGUCUAUUGAUCCCACCAUGCCAACCAACUCUCCAAAUUCCUUAUACAAGGUCAUUCCUCUAUCUACGGGCCAACUGGGAGAGAAGGAAGAUAUGUUUCAGAAUGUGUUGUCACAGGUGGCAGAGCAGUUCAGCAGGGCUUUCCGGAUCAAUGAGCUGAAAACUGAGGUGACCAACAGGCUGGCUAUGCUGGAGAAAAGAGUGGAGUUAGAAGGUUUGAAAGUCGUGGAGAUUGAGAAGUGCAAAAACGACCUGAAGAAGUUACGAGAUGAGAUGAUGUCUAGAGCUGGAGGAAGAGUGAACUGUCCAUGCAAGUACAACUUCUCAGAUGAUGGAAAAAAGUUAAUUCCAAGAAGAGACGUUCCCAGUUACCCAAAGUACACUUUAUCCCAAGAGACGAUUGAAGCACUGAAGAAACCGACCUUUGAUGUCUGGCAUUGGGAGCACAAUGAAAUGCUGAGCUGUCUGGAGUACAUGUACCAUGACUUGGGCCUUGUGAAAGAAUUCAACAUGAACCCUAUAACACUGAAACGAUGGCUGCUGGGCAUUCAGGAAAAUUACAGGAACAACCCCUUCCAUAACUUCCGCCACUGUUUCUGUGUGAGUCAGAUGAUGUACGGUAUGAUCCACCUCUGUAACCUUCAGGAAAAGCUCACCCUGACGGACUUGGGUGUUUUAAUGACAGCUGCUGUUUGUCACGAUCUGGAUCAUCCUGGAUACAACAACACGUACCAGAUAAAUGCACGCACUGAGUUGGCUGUGCGCUACAAUGACAUUUCUCCUUUGGAGAAUCAUCACUGUGCAGUUGCCUUCCAGAUACUUUCCCUGCCAGAAUGCAACAUAUUUGCCAACGUGGAACCUGAGGCCUUCAAACAGAUCCGACAAGCCAUCAUCACUCUAAUUUUGGCCACAGACAUGGCCAGACAUGGGGAGAUACUGGAUUCUUUCAAGCAUAAAGUGGACAACUUCGACUUCACUAACGAGGAACAUGUGACAUGUCUGAAGAUGGUUUUGAUCAAAUGCUGUGAUAUUUCCAAUGAAGUCAGACCAACAGAGGUUGCAGAGCCCUGGGUGGACUGUCUGCUGGAGGAAUACUUCAUGCAGAGUGACAGAGAGAAGUCAGAGGGCCUUCCUGUUGCACCAUUUAUGGAUCGUGACAAAGUGACCAAACCCACUGCCCAAAUCGGAUUCAUCAAAUUUGUUCUCAUCCCCAUGUUUGAAACUGUCAUGAAGCUUUUCCCACAGAUAGAGGAAAUCAUGGUGCAGCCAUUAAGAGACUCACGAGACCAUUAUGAGGAACUGAAACAAAUUGAUGAUGCCAUGACCGAGGCGCAGAAGAAAAAAACAGAAAAUAUGUCAUUAGGAGGGAAGAAGAAAUAA